AGGAGGAAGAGGAGAUGGAGUCAGGAGAAGAAGAGGACACAGGAAUACAGCACAUUGGCUCCCCGGGGGGUUGGUCUGUUCACUACGAUAAAGAGAAUAUAAAAAAGACUGUAACUACAGAACAACCUUUUGCCCAAGAGGAGAGGGAAAACCCUGACAUCAGAAACGUAGAGCGAGGUGCUUACCAGAACAGUGAUGUCAGGUGUUUUGAGGGUGUCACUGAAGAUGGCACCAUGGAGAUCACAGCAGAUAUAAGUGAAGGGUCUGAAGAAGAGGGGAGACCGACGGCUGAAGAAAACCAAGAGGAAUCAUCUGAUUCAGUCCUGACUAGCUCAAUCACCGAAAACCAUAGAGAAGAGGGUAAGAAAGUUGUGAACUUACUCUCCCAGCAGACUUUUCCUCAGGAGAAGGAAGAGGAAGAAGAGCGAGAUGAAGAUGGAGCUCCAGAGGUUGUUUCUGAUUGUCCUGAUCCCGCAGCAACGCACAAUCUGCAAUAUCUUAUGGUCAGUACCUUUGUGGAACACCCGCUUGAGGAGAAAAUUAAGGACUUCCUAGGGGACGACCACCAAGAGGCGGGUGAAAGCUUCGCAGAUUACCCCUCUGACUUCUCUCCAAGUGAAUACGACAAGGAUGGAGAGAAAGUGGGAGCACACAAAAAUGGGAGCACACUGUCCAGUCCCUCUGAGGGUAAUUUAAAGACAGACGAGAAUAUCUACCCAGAGAGAGAAGUAGCCGAGCAGACGGAUAGCCAUGUUCAGGGAGAGGAAGAGGCGAGAGCUGCUAUCUCUCUGAGCGUGGAAGGUAAACAAGAUUUUGCAGAUUGUGCGAUGUGCAAUACCAAUAUUGACAUUAGCAUGGGCAAGAUUAUUGAAGACAAUUUUGAAGCUGAUAGCUCCAGUGAUAGCUCCAGUGAUAGCUCCAGUGAUGGCUCCAGUGAGAUCUCCAGUGAUAAUGAGGAGGAUGAAGACCCAGAGAAGAAGAAUGAAGAACACCCAGCCCUGCCAAAAUACCAGGGUCUUCCUCAGAGAGACUGCGGAUCUGAGGUUUCACCUCUACCUGACUGGGAGGGUGGAGAGGAGGACCGCUCCAAGCAGAGAGUUGCCGACCUGCAUCUUUCACACACCAUCUCUGAUGUCCCCACUUUUACCCUUCACAGUGAGGCUGGACCCAGUGCAGCAGCUGUAACCAGGUGUAACAUGGGUAAGGGUACAGGCAACAUGUCAUCAUCUGACUCUGAGGAUGAUUUUCCCGGAGCGCUGUGUACGUCGGAGACUGAACUAAGAGAGGACAAAGGGGGGACUUGGGGUAAAGAUGGGCCAGAGGCCUCAAAAGAGGAGUAUCUUCACGAAAUCCUGCAUGAGCUAGAAGGAAAGUUGGAGAACCACCUUCACACCGAAAUAAGAUGGGACACAGGGGAUAGUAAUGUGGAUAGGAGUGGUUUCAUUCUAGAUUACAAGUAUGAGGGGAGCGGAAUAACAGUGGGAGAGGAACAAUUUGCAGAUGAUGAAGAAGAAGAGGAGGAGAGGAGUUGGAAACAAGAGAGAGCGAGAAUCGAGGCAUUCUACAAGUUUUAUAAUGCUGAAGAGGAGAAGGAGGCUAUGGGAACAGAAGGUGCUUUUUCAGGGAGGAAGCCUAGAGUUCAAUUCUGCAUGGAUCCCCUUCCUCAAGUCAUUGAAUAUACAGACAGCAGCAGUGACAUGGAUUUGGUCGACAGCUCAUCUGACGGAGAUGAGGACCUGGAUUCUACAGCAAGGCUUGAAGAGCAGCGUGAGCCUGAGAGACUGAGAAUGAGUUUACCUGAGACUCAGGAGAGUCAGAAGCCACAAGGAGAACUACAAGAUCUCGGCAAAAUGUCUCGAACCCACAGCAAGAGAGACCGGUGUCUGAGGGUGCUGAAGUUCCUGGUGAAGAUGACCCUGUUGACAGCGAUUGGACUUUUGACAUUCUGGUGGACAACAGACCAACUGGACUUGAACUGGUGAUGUGGACCAAAUGUUGUUUUUGCUAACGACUAAAACUGUAUCUUCAAUGUGCCUAUGCUUGAACAUAAUUAGAUAAUAAUAAAGUAGCAGAAGCUAAGUAAAAAAAAUGCUUACUUGUAAGGCAAAUACUAUCUCCUUAUGCUGUAGUUGCUGUCAGUUUUAUUUUUCAUCAUGUCUUCAUCUGUAUCAUGUCUUCAUCUGUAUCAUGUCUUCAUCUGUAUCAUGUCUUCAUCUGUAUCAUGUCUUCAUCUGUAUCAUGUCUUCAUCUGUUUGGUGGUUAAUAAAAGGGGUCUCUUUAUAUUCCCAUUCAACUUUAAA